AAACGGAAAAGAAGCAGUGAACUUAAUCAUGGUGAAAGUGAUAUCUUAGAGUAUCAUUUAAAGAUCAGUGGCAUAAUUUUGGAUGGGACUAGAUGUUUAAUCCAGGAGGCACGCAGAAGUGGUUUCCUUCAGCCUAAUUCUAUAGACCAGUUUUAUGUCAAGGCAUCUGACAAAGGACCCAGUAAUUGCAGUUUGGCUGAGCUUUGCGAGAUGGCCAAGUGUUUUGUUUCCAUGAAUGAAAGAGAGCAAAAACGUGUAAUAGACAAGGAAACCUCUGACCCAGAACAAGUUCAAUUAACCUGUGUUACUGAAAAUAAUACAAACAAUGCGAAGAUGUUAACCCUAAUGGGACAGAAAUACUUAUUUCCCCCCAGAAGUGCAUUUCUUUUAUCCGAUUUUUCAUGUAUGCAGCCACUUUUGAAUUAUAAAAAGAAGUAUGACAUAAUUGUUAUAGACCCACCAUGGGAGAACAAGUCUGUUAAAAGAAGCAACAGGUAUGGUUUAUUAUCUCACUGGCAAAUCAAAGAAAUUCCUGUCCCAGCAUUGGCAGCUCCAAAUUGUCUUGUGGUCACUUGGGUGACCAACAAACAGAAGCAUUUACAAUUUGUAAAGAAUGAACUUUAUCCUCACUGGUCUAUACAUGGUGUUGUUGAAUGGUUCUGGGUAAAAAUUACAAAGUCUGGAGAAUUUGUGAUUCCAUUAGAUUCUCUUCACAAAAAGCCAUAUGAAAUUCUUGUACUAGGUAGAGUCCAGGGAAAUACAAAUGUACCACUAAGGCUUUCAGAAGAUGAAAAGUUUUCUGCAAUUCCUGAUCAGAAAUUAAUUGUCAGUGUACCUUGUACUUUUCAUUCACAUAAGCCUCCUCUUACAGAGAUUUUGAAAGAAUAUACCAAGCCAGAUGUAGAAUGCUUGGAGCUGUUUGCUCGGAAUUUGCAACCUGGAUGGACCAGUUGGGGCAAUGAAGUCCUUAAAUUCCAGCACUUGGACUACUUCACGGUUUUACAGGAUAAUGAUGACUAGCAAAUCAUAAUUAUUUUUGAAGGAUUUUAUGUCUGGGUUCUGAAUUUCACCUUUGCUAACCCUAACUCUACAUUGUGAGAUAUAUGUAAACAACCUGGAACAGUUUUCAAGAGCAGCUCUAUUUUGAUCAAAUGUCAAAAAAUAACAAGGAUGGAACUUGUUAUUCCAUGCUUAGGUUGUAGAGGGCUUUGCUAAUAGUAAUUUGAGGCGAAGGUACCAGCAGUAUGAUAUCUACAAUAGGACCUCUCCUGAAACAACCAAUCCAACAUCUCACAUCUGUUGGUCACUGUGGUAUUUUGCCUAUUUCCAUAAUCCUCCCAGGAAAAUUCUGGAUCAUACCUGCAUAUCCAGCAUCUGGCUCUUUGAAAAAUUGGCUGCCAUGAUUGAAAAACUCUUUAUUUCAUUUAAAUGUUAAAUAUUGCUUAUUUAUAACUCUUAGUUCUGUCAUUAGAAGUGUUUACAUUUUUAUGUUUUGAUGGGUUAAAAAGGAUUAAAAUGAAGGUUAAAAUUUAACUACAUAGUUUUUAGCAUUUUCUGGCUUGGAAAUAAUGGUUUUAGAAAUGUAAUUAAAGCUUUUCAUAAUAAUACCCCAUUUUUAAUUUAAUUUUUAAAUACUCAAUUUCAGAAAUAUUUUUACUGGCUUCAUUUAUUGUUAUAUGAUUUAAGUUGUGUUUUUAUUGUCUUGAGACCAACAAGGCUAAAACAAUAACUGGUUUGUGUGUGUCUUUUUUUUAAAAAAAGUAGGAUACAACAGAAGGAAAUAAUAUAUCUGUAUUCCUUUUACAACACAGUCUUCUACUUAAUUCCAUUGAAAUAGUAGCUACUCAGUUAAAAGGGCUUGAUUUCCUGUCAAGGGAUAAAAUUUUAUUGUAUCUCUAAUCUUCAUAUAUACAGCCACGUUCUUUCAUCAUACAGUAUUCACAGACAUACAACUGAUUUUACAGUCUGUAUUUAUCUCUGUUAAAGUCUUGGAAAGUUCUUGAACCAAUGUAUAGUAGAAAAGGUGUUCUCUUUGCAGGACAGUAUGCUAAGAGAAGUCCUGUUGGGGCACAUAUUGGGUUUUGAUAUUGAGGGUGAUCAGUACUUAAUGCUUUGGAACAUUUUUACUUUAAAAGGAGGAAUAAAAUACUUAAUUGGAAGUAAUUAUAAGAAGUCAGACUAGUUUUUUAAAAAUCCAUUAAUAUGUAAUUUUUAUUUUUUAUUUAUUUGUUAAAUUUAUUUGCAGCGCAUUUCACCAUGAGGCUAUUGUAAGCAGCUUAUAACUGCAAAAAUAGAAACAUGAAGUGUAAACAGUAGAAAAUUAAU